CCCCCCCUCUCUCCCGCGUUAACACGGACCAAAGUUAUCCCGGAAUAAGGACAGCACGCAUGUGCCGUCAACCCGGAUGUAGAUAUUUUUUGUACGCGUCCCUUCACCAUCUCACCAAGUUAUGACAAAUUUGCUGUUGAGAAUGAUUUAUACAUGUUAGCGCCGGCUUGGACAAAAGCCAUGCCAUUCCAAACCAGUCCAAACCGGGUUAAGCAAGCCGUGAAAUGUGUCGCCCUACGUGGAGGUCACAUCUGAGUGACAGCUCCAAAACAAUCCGAAGAGCUGCACUUGCGAUUUACGGUGAGAAAAACAUCCUGUAACUUAAAGGAUGGACUUUCGCGGCAGGAGGCACGAACGAGGCAGCAACUGGACCGACCCGGAGAUAGUGGAGCUGCUCCAGCUGUGGUCCGACGAGUCGGUGCAGAUUGAAUUGGAGAGCUCAUUGCGCAACCAGCGUGUGUUUGACCGCAUAGCGCACAUUUUGCGUGAUAAGGGGAUCUACCGCACUGGUGAUCAGUGCAGGGAGAAGAUUAAAAAGAUGAAGUUGGAGUACCGCCGCAUUAAAGACAACCACAAAAUGAGGUCUUGGAAGUUCUAUGAUGUGAUGGAUAGGGUGCUGGCCAACCGACCUGCUAUCACCUACUCCUCCCUAGGCGGAGCUGUCAUAGCUCAACAGGUGUUUCAGAGUCCAGGUGGAUCUGACCCAUAUGCGCAAGGGCUUCCAACUGGCUCCUUUGGUCCUGUUUCCUCUGGUGGGUUUCUGUUUGGUCAGCCUCCAAAGACCGGAGAUCCACUGGAUAUUAAAUGUGAAAAUGUUGAUGAGAACAUGCUGAACUCAGGUGUUGCGCCCCCUGAGAUGUACUAUGGAUCUGGAGAUGACCAGGAAACUGAUGGGCAGUCUCUACUGGGGCCAGAGGACACUCUGGCCAGAGGAGAGAGCUCAACAAAUGCAAGAAUCUCCCCUUCAGGUUUUAGUGACUUGAACAUUGGCAGCUCUGCCACAGGUGCAGCACAGGCUGUUGGUGGUGAUGCACCACAGGACACAUCUGAGCAGCCCAGGAAGGAGGAUCCUCAUACGCCAGCCUCUGUGAGACAGAGGAAACGUCGCCGCGGUGGCAAAACAUCAUGGUGUCAUGGGGGUGUAAGAUGUAACAGUCAGGGGCGCCUGGAUAAAGUCUUGGCCAGCUUCCUGAACUGGCAGCAGUCAGCAGAGGAGCGCCUCCUCUCUCUGGAAGAAGCACGUCUGGAGAGGGAGUUGCAGGCCGAGGAACGCAGGGAACAGCAGGAGGAGAGGAGGGCAGAACAGGAGCGCCAGCACGAGCUCCGCCUGUUCACCAUGCUGACGGGGGCACUGGUCGCUGUCAGACAGGGUGCCCCAACCGCUGAGACAACACUGACUGACCCCUCCGUCUCACCCCUGGCUCAUCUGUCAGCUUCACUGAUGACCACAGCCGCCCCCUCCGUCUCGUCAUCUUCAUCACAGCCGCUCUCAGAAGCCCCCACGGCAGCACACGCUGUUUCCACUCAGGCGGCGAUAAAGUCAACACUGCCGACAUCUGUCAAGGCCUGCGAAAUGUCUCAGAAUGGUUUGGCAACAGAGUCAAGAGUUGCAGAAACUCCUGGCCCUAGCAUGUACCUGUCCAACCGUGGAAACAGCAUCCGACAGCAGCAAGGCAUUCUUCAGGAGGGCUAUAUUCAAUAUGGGAUGAACAAAUACCACGUCACAGAUAACCCUGAUGGUAUAAUCAACAUGGGUACCAGUGAGAACAAACUAUGCUAUGAUCUUCUUCAUAAACGGCUGACCAAGCCUGACAUGCUACACAUUGAGCCAUCCUUGUUGCAGUAUUCAGACUGGAGAGGACACACAUUCCUGAGAGAGGAGGUUGCAAGGUUCCUGACUCACUACUGCUGUUCUCCAAGCCCAUUGAAAGCUGACAAUGUUGUGGUGAUGAAUGGCUGUGGUUCGCUCUUCUCAUGUAUUGCUGCAGUCAUUUGUGACCCUAGAGAUGUUAUUCUAAUUCCUACUCCUUUCUACGGCGUUAUCACUGAGGAUCUUCUUUUGUACAGCGAUGUCAGACUCUUUCAUGUUCCUCUUGAUUGUGAGGCCGAUGGCAAAGACAGUCGACCCUUCCACCUCACUGUGGAGAAACUGGAAGAAGGUCUGAAAAGGGGAAAACAAGAGGGGUUGAUCGUUCGAGCUGUUAUACUCAUGAACCCCCACAACCCUUUGGCCGAGAUCUACACACUGAAGGAGAUGAUUGCAUUCUUAGAGUUUGCCAAAAGAAAUGAACUCCACGCCAUCAUAGAUGAAUUGUACAUGCUCACGGUCUUUGAUGAAUCUGUCACCUUUCACAGUGUCCUCAGUGUCGACAGUUUGCCCGACCCACAGAGGACACAUGUAAUGUGGGGGUUGAGCAAGGACUUUGCAAUGGCAGGAGUCCGAAUAGGCACCUUGUAUACGGAGAACAAAGACCUUGUGGAGGCUCUUGCCCAAAUGGGCUCAUUCCAUGGUAUCUCUGGAAUUACCCAACACCAGGUUGCACAACUGCUUCAGGACAGAGAGUGGAUCAACAAGGAUUUUUUACCUGAGAACAGACGCAGACUAAAAGCUGCUCACAGUUACCUGACAGGAGAGCUGAAGAGUUUGGGCAUCCCUUACCUGGACACGUCUGCUGCACUGUAUGUCUGGGCAGAUCUCAGAAAGUACCUCAGAGAGACGUCAUUUGAGGAGGAGUUGUCAAUGUGGAGGGGUUUCCUCAGACACAAGGUGGUUUUGAGCUGUGGUCAAGCUUUCUCGUGCGCCACACCGGGUUGGUUUCGCAUUGUCUUUGCAGACCAACAGCACCACCUUCAGCCUGGUGUGAAGCGAAUUAGAGAGGCUUUGAAAGAAAUGGAUGAAAAAAUCACCAGCCCUGACUCACACUCUGUCAAAGAGGGCAGUAAGGAGAGCAUAGAAUCAGUGAAAGAGGACAGUGCAGACUCAGACAAUGCUGCAAUUGUCAAUUCAACAUCAUCACCCCAGAGCAAGUCAUCCGACCAGCCGAAGGAGAAAGAUAGCCCUGUUCCUGAGACAGGCGCACUGGCCGCUGAAGAGUUUGUGUUGCUGGACUGCCAAGCAUCCAAGCCUGCAGAGGGUCUGGACUCUCUGAUCGGGACUCUCAGGCAUCAGAUCCGCUCCUCUGAUUGGCUGGAGAAAAACACUCCAGAGCUGUCUGCUGGAGAAGACCCAGAGAUUCUUGAUGUAUUUAAGGCCCUGCUACAAAGAGCCAGAAAGUAAGCUUAGGAUAAACAGGCAUAAAUGUUGCUGCCAAAUUUCAAGAGGCAGUACUUGAGUGCCCUUCUUACUGCCUGUGCUUAUGGUGAAAAGCUUGACAUAGAAACACCUGACACAAGAUCAAAUCCGAUGCCUAUAGUCUGAGUGAAGCGGAAACACAAGCUAAGAACAGGCUAAGGAGAAGAGAGAGGGAGAAAAGUAAUGCAGGCAAGCCCGGGAUGAAAGAACAGCUACUUUCUUAUCUGCAUCUUGAGGCCUUAUUGAAGCUGCUAAGAAAGAUGGCUUUGCUUUUUUUGUUUUCCAAAUUCAAAAGAUGUAUGUUCAUUUACACAGAUUCCAAACAAAUGCCAAAUGUAAAUCAACCAAAUCAGCCAUGUUCUGUUCUUAAACAUUUAAGUCUCUUCAUCUGAUUUGUAUCCUUGGUUAUUAUGCACUUUAUUUUAUCAGAAUGUGUUUUACUUUCUGUAAAGUUAAUGAUCUGUGAAUAAAGAAAUGAAUUCUGUUUA